CAAAGCCGGACAAGCUCUCUCCCAACAAAUAUGACAAUAAAUUCUUUCCUAGAAGAAAACAUUUUCAUUUUGUACACUCAAAAAUCCCUCCAAACAAACAAAACAAAAUAAAUGCAUUUCUUCCCAUCUCGUCGAUCUCCAUAAUCACAAAGAUCAAAUCCAACAUCAAUCUGAUUAACAAUAAUCACUAUCUUCCUCUGUAAGUCGAUCUCUGGAUCUCCAUUUCUUCCUUCUCUAAUUCAGUUUAGAUCCAAGUCUUCACCUUAUUCUUAAGCUUCUCAGUUAAUCUUUCCCUCUAAUCACAUUUUUAAUCAAUUAAUCAACUCCCUCUCCCUCUCUGUUUCUCUGUGAAAUUCUUGCGAUCCAAACUUUUCACGUUAAUCUUACCGUUACUGUUAAUCACUCGAUCCAGGGUUGUAAAGUAUCAGCAAUUAAAUCUAUGUUUGGAGGACAAGUGGUACCGCCUAGCAAUAGUCCGCACUUAAGGAAGUCUGGUAGCCGACCUGUCGUCUUUGAUCUUGAUGGUGAACAGGGAAACACUGAAAUGGAAGGUUUGUUACAUUCGACAGAGUCAGAUGAUUUGAAAAUUCCUAGCUUACCGAUUAGUACUGCAGCUAUAAUGCCGUCUCCGAUAUUAUUAUGGAGAUUCAAGGUACUGUUGUUUUUUCUCUGGGGUUUUUUUUGCUGCAAGAUUGGAUGGGAUUCUGUUAUGAGAAUGAGUGUGAAUUUGCGGGACCUUUUUCUUUACGAAGCAUUUUUGUAUUACAAUCCUCUUCUUCUUGUGACUAUGAUGGUGUGGCUUUGGGGAGUUAAUUUGUGGGUUUUUGCACAGUCUACCAUCAGCUAUGCCAAGAUUUUUGAUCUGGACCAAAAUCAUCUUACCCACAGAGAAAUAUGGAAGGUUGCCACAUGGAUGACCAUCAUUGUCCCAAUUAGCAUGACAGCAUAUCUUUACCUAUAUUCUCACGGAGAAGUAUCAUUGGCUGCAUCACAACCAGUCUUCUUGUACUGUGCUGUUGCCUUGAUUUUGAUAUUCCCCUUCGAUAUUUUUUACUUGUCAUCCCGCUACUACUUGCUAAGGACUCUUUGGCGGAUAGUUUUCCCUUUACAGGCUAUUACAUUUUCUGACUUCUUCUUAGCUGAUAUUUUGACCUCCAUGUCAAAGGUGUUCUCAGAUCUGGAGCGCUCAGUUUGUCGUAUGGUCCAUCGCCAGGUUGCCACCAUAGCAUGGUUUGAAGCUGACUCUGUUUGCGGCAGCCACUCCAUUGGCAUCCCUAUAAUUCUAGUUUUGCCUUACAUUUUCCGAUUAUUUCAGUGUCUUCGACAAUACAAGGAUACUAAGGAGAAAACAGCUCUUUUUAAUGCUUUAAAAUAUUCAACCGCUGUACCAGUGAUUUUUGUUUCAGCCCUUAAAUACCAUGUCCUCCCAGAUAGUUGGACGAACUUCUAUAGGCCACUGUGGCUUCUCUCAGGUGUCUUAAACUCAUUAUAUUCGUUCUACUGGGAUGUGACCAGGGAUUGGGACUUGAGCUGCUUCACCCGAAUUUUCAAAUUUAACAAACCGAGUCUCUGUUCACACCUAUUACAUGGACGGAAAUGGGUUUAUUUUUGGGUGAUAGGAAGCAAUUUCAUUCUGCGUUUGGCAUGGACUUACAAGCUGUCUGCCCAUCUUCGGCACAAUUACCUUACAGUGUUCACAAUCACUGCCUUAGAGAUGAUUCGCCGAUUCCAAUGGGUUUUCUUCCGUGUCGAAAACGAAUGGACUAAAAUGAGUUCCAAGUCAAAUCUUCAGCUUUCGGAGAUCUCAUCUGAGGAAGACAAAUUACUUGCACCCAGCAACCAUAAUGUGUAGAAACAAAUGCUUACUUCUUGCAAGCAGCAUGAUCUACAGUUUUAAACGGCAACCUCGUUUUUUGCUGGAAAAAAGGUUUUUAUCCAUUCCACUCUUAGUCGUAGUCUAUAUGAUCGUUCAAAUUUUUUGUUCAAAAAAGGAAUAGGUUAUUCAAAGAUACACAAUUUAGAAGUAUAUAUCAUUCAUCAAUUACUUUGUCA